UGCUGUACUCGCCCAGGGCCGAGUUGCUUGUUUUCUGUUUGUGUAUCUUAAUUGUAAACAAAGCACUCCUUGCCGUUGCGCUGCGUUUGGUAACGCUCUGCCGGGGGAAAGCCAGCAGCGAGAGCGCCGGGUCCGAAUUCGGAGCCAGGAAUGGGGAACCUCAGGGUUUGCAUCCGUCGUUCUCCCAGGCUUAGUUCAGCCAUAAGCAAAUUGCUUAGCGGUUUUUGCUGUCAAAGGGCUUUAAGUGCAUCAGAGACUCUCCUGUUGUCUUUGGCUUCUGGGGUUUUUAUUUAUUUUAUUCCCUGUAUACAAUGAUGCAAAUAACACUUGCCUUGGAGCAACGUACUUUGAUUCCCAAGCACUUGCAAUUGCCAGAGCUGUAUUUCGUGUGCGCGCAGCCCCCCGGGCUGUGCGGCAGUGCCCAACACUUACGUUUUGGUUUGGUUUUACUCGGGAAUCCGAGCUAGCUGCUUUGCUGUGGCAGGACCUCGUUUGCAAUAGGCUCGAAGCGGGUCCUUCCCCUUCUGACCUUACGCGUUAGUUGUGAUGCUCGUGCGUGGUCUCCUCAGGUGUCAGGGAAGCUGAUGGGAAGACGCUUUCCGAAAUGGACCGUGCGUGAAUGACCCAGCCUGUUGGACUGAUGAACGGGAGGAGCAGGAGCAAGGGAGGAGACUUCCCCUUCUGCCCCCUGCUCUGCCCGCUCUCACGCGCCAGAACGAAGGGGGCGAAGCUUUGUAACGCGUCGCCAGCGACUUCUCAGGGGAAAGUGUCAGGGUUUGAGGGUACUCGAGCCGAUUUGGAGAGCUGGCAAGGGGAGAAGGUCUGGGAGGCCAGGGAAUUCUUGGCGAGCCGUGCAGCUCUUUCACUGAAUGGGCUGGAGCUUUGGGCUGGAGCAGCCGCAGCAACAGUUGCUCCCGCUCGCGGUUCCCGGGAGCCUGAGCAAACAGCCAGGCCGUGACAUUUCACCCGUUGCUUCCCUUCCUCUCCCCGCCUCCCCCCGAAUAAGUCCCCUUUGGAAACAUCCUCGCCCCCAGUGGCAGCAGCACGGCGGAGAGGAGCAACGACUGGCGAAGCGGGAUGUGCAGCCUUGUGUGAGGAGGGAGCUUUAAAGGUUGCGUCUUCUUGCACCACUCCUCCUGCAGCUGGUAGCACUAGCCAGUUCCCAGGUCCUGCCGCGGAAAGGAGGCAAGAACCUGUGGCACCAUCAUGAACGAAGUCUCGGUCAUCAAGGAGGGCUGGCUGCACAAGAGAGGAGAAUACAUUAAAACGUGGCGCCCCAGGUAUUUUCUGCUGAAAAGCGAUGGUUCCUUCAUCGGCUACAAGGAGAGGCCUGAGACGUCUGAUCACAGCUUGCCACCACUGAACAACUUCUCGGUAGCAGAGUGCCAGCUGAUGAAGACUGAGCGGCCCCGGCCCAACACUUUUGUCAUCCGAUGCUUGCAGUGGACAACAGUCAUCGAAAGGACCUUUCAUGUGGACUCUCCUGAAGAGCGAGAAGAGUGGAUGCGAGCCAUUCAGACUGUAGCAAACAGCUUAAAGAAUCAGGAGCCGGAAGUAGACACGAUGGAUUAUAAGUGUGGUUCCCCUAAUGACAGCACGGGAGCUGAAGAGAUGGAAGUGGCUGUGAGCAAAACACGUGCAAAAGCAACUAUGAAUGAUUUUGAUUACCUGAAGCUCCUGGGAAAAGGCACUUUUGGCAAAGUCAUCUUAGUGCGGGAAAAGGCCACUGGUCGCUAUUACGCGAUGAAGAUCCUACGGAAAGAGGUCAUCAUUGCGAAAGAUGAAGUGGCGCACACGGUCACAGAGAGCAGAGUGCUACAGAACACCCGGCACCCGUUCCUGACAGCACUGAAAUACGCCUUUCAGACAAACGAUCGGCUGUGCUUCGUCAUGGAAUAUGCCAACGGAGGAGAGCUGUUUUUCCACCUCUCAAGAGAGCGUGUGUUCACAGAGGACCGGGCCCGUUUCUAUGGUGCAGAAAUAGUGUCUGCUCUGGAGUAUCUGCACUCCAGGGACGUGGUGUACAGAGACAUAAAGCUCGAAAACCUCAUGCUGGAUAAAGAUGGCCACAUCAAGAUCACAGACUUUGGGCUCUGCAAGGAAGGCAUCACAGAUGGAGCCACCAUGAAAACCUUCUGUGGCACACCAGAGUACCUGGCUCCAGAGGUCCUGGAGGACAACGACUACGGACGUGCUGUGGACUGGUGGGGCCUGGGUGUUGUCAUGUAUGAAAUGAUGUGCGGUCGGCUCCCCUUCUACAACCAGGACCAUGAACGCCUCUUUGAGCUGAUCCUAAUGGAAGAGAUCCGUUUUCCCCGGACCCUGAGCCCUGAGGCCAAGUCCCUGCUGGCUGGGCUGCUCAAGAAGGAUCCCAAGCAGAGGCUAGGGGGAGGUCCCAACGAUGCCAAGGAAGUGAUGGAGCAUCGCUUCUUCGCUGCAAUCAACUGGCAGGAUGUGGUUCAGAAAAAGCUGGUCCCUCCGUUCAAGCCACAAGUGACAUCCGAAAUCGAUACGCGGUAUUUUGACGACGAGUUCACUGCACAGUCCAUCACUAUCACCCCACCAGAUCGAUAUGACAACAUGGGCUCACUGGAAAACGACCAGCGGACACACUUCCCCCAGUUCUCGUACUCCGCCAGCAUACGAGAAUAACCAGCAGUGCUUCUGUGGCGGGGACUCGGGCUCCAAGGAGGGGAGGACGUUUUGGGGUUUGGUCACGUGGAUUUCUCUUCGGUGCUGUAGUCCCCUGGGACGCCGGGGCUGCGGGGACAGGACCCCCAGCAGCCCGUCCUCCGACUCGCAGGCAUCGUGCCACGUUGUGAGAGCGGCAGGAUCGCCUUUUUGGAGCCAUAAUGCUGCAAACAAAGUGCUCUUGCUACGCGGCUCCAGCAGGCACCACGCUGUGCCUCAUUCCCUAGUGUAGGACUGCUUUUAUUUUAUUACUUUUUUUAAAAAAAAAACAAACUAGAAGUGCUCACAGCUUUUUGAACAACCACACCCCACAGCGCACCCCUCCGUGGCCUUUCUCUUGCUGGAAACGCUGCCAGCCCCCGUGCCCCGUCGGCCCCGCCGCUCCCUGCAGGGAGCAUUGGGCUCUUGCCCCAACGCUGGCAUUUUGAACAGAGAAGGGGAGGUUUGUGGAGACAAAUCCUGUGGAGCUGAAACCUCUCCCAGCUGAAUUGCAAAGAGUAACUUCCGUUUCACCGAGGUAUUUCUGCUGGAUGUGACCCGAUGCUGGAGCGGGGUUGCCUGGGGAGGGAGGGGGGUGAACCCCCCGCACCGAGACUCCUGGGGGAGGUGGGUUAGCUCCGUAAGGGCAGGACACUGACUUCAUGCUGCAGAUGCCGCAAUCAUGGUGCAUGUCUUCUCUCAGCCUGUUAAACCUUCACAACUGUUCCCUAAGCUCAGCCUGCAAAGGUGACCCCCAGAGACUGCAAAACACACAGCAUGCCCCGAAAUCUGUGCCUCAAAGGGGAAUGCCUCUUCCCCAGCACGAGUCCCUCCCUCGCCGGAGACGGCCAGCACAGCGCUGCAGAGGGGCGAGGAGGGGGCAGCCCCGUGCCCUCGGCCAGGCCCUGCCUCUCUCCUCCGCGAGGGUCGCUGGUGUUGGAGGAGAGCAGACCCCGCGCAGGACUGGAACCCGUCGAAGACGCAGACGAUUGUAAAAGCAAUAGUUUUUCUUCGUUGCCUUAAAGCAAGGGGCAUUGGUUCUGCUGGCCUGCCAGGAGCAGGGCUGCAGGUCUGCAAGGGGGGGGGUCCUGCUCGCCCACCGGUGCUGCCCAGGCCGCGACGGCCUGGCACGGGACCCUCGCCACCAGCUCGGGGGCGACUGCCCUUCCCAUCCCCGUGCCUGGCAGAAGGGCUCGACGCCGCAGGGCCAAGCGCCGUGGGGCUGGGAUGCCGUGGGCGCCCCUGCUCGUCCCGCGGCAGG